AUGAAUUCAAGUGAUCAUCAUUUAGAUUUAAUUACUUCUGAUCGUUCUUCACCACCUCAUCAAACAUUUUUCUCUACAUCAUCAACACAUAAACGUUUACCUUCACCAACAUCAUCAAGAUCUCGUUCACCUCAACGUUAUUUUCGUUUACGAGAUCGAUUUAUUCGUUCAUAUGAUCAAAUAGAAUUGGCUGAUCAAUAUCAACGUGCUCACGAACUUUUAUCUGAUUUUGAAGAUAUUCUCCUUCAAAUUAAUGGUCAUUUUCUUGUCAAAGAAGAAACAUUUCGUUCUGAAACACCAAUUUGUGUUCAUGUUGAAGAUUUACCUAUUGAAUUUACUUAUACUCGAAUAUUAACAACAACAACACGUCGAAAGAUUGAACCAUUACUUGAUAAUCUUAAUAAUGAUCCAGUUGUUGUUGAUUUUAAACGACAAUUAGAAGAUCUUGAACAAGCAGCUGAACGAUUUAGAACUCUAGAUGAUUUAUUACCUCGAACUGUUUAUCCAAAAGCAGAUGCACAUCGUGAUCAAGUUCAACGAUUAGAUGAAUUUCAAACAGUUUUAAAAUCAACAAUGGAUCUAGAUGAUCAAUUUAGUGAUGAUACAAAAAAAACCACAAAUUUUAUUCAAGCAGAAGAUAUAAAACAUCCUAUGUUAGAUAUCAAUUUACAAUUAGAUCAUCUUCAAUCAUUAACUUAUUCAUUAGAACUUGUUGAUCAAAGAGAAAUAAAUAUAAGUAUUUAUCGUAGAAAACUUAAUCGUUUUAUUCCUAUUCAUGAUCAUCUUUAA